AUGUCAUCGUGCAUCGGCGAAUCGCCGCCUCGCCUCGCGCAUUUGCGGCCUCGCCGCCACAUCGCCGCCUCAUCGCCGUCACAUCGCCGCCUCAUCGCCGCCACAUCGCCGCCUCAUCGCCGUCACAUCGCCGCCUUAUCGCCGCCACAUCGCCGCCUCGCCGCAUCACCUCCUCAUCGCAGUGACAUCGCCGCCACGCCUCCUCAGCAAGUGAUCGUCUCCCCAUCGCCGCCCGAAAGCCUCGCCUCCUCCUCUUCGACGCCUGCCACAUCACCGCCUCCGGGGAAGAACCUGGAGAUGCUUCUUUUGUCCCCAUUCAGGUCCCCGUCCUCCUCUCUACGCAGCGUUUCCCAAGUCCUCCUCUCUCCCACUCUGGCCCACUCUUUCCCCCCUGUCCUCCACUACCCUGUCCUCCUCUCUCCCCCUUGUUCUCCUCUCCGACGGCUCCAUGUCCUCUCUCCAACGGCAUCUCGUCUCAUAUGCCCGAUGUCUCACUCUCCUGAUUCCCCCUCUCUCCCAGCCUCGUUUACUCUUUCUGCUGUUGCUGCCGCAUGCCGCAACUAC